CAAGGCAAACAGACGAUCGCCGAAUCGUCUUCGAUUCGGGUUCGCAAGACUCAAAUGCCUCUCAAACUUAUCAUCCGUCCGAUCAACAUACUUUUAUUGUUUCAACAAUCAAGACUCAACUACCUCUCAAACUUAUCAUCCGUCCGAUCAACAUACUUUUGUUGUUCCAACAAUCGACCGGUAAAUAAUUAAACACCACCAUAGCAUCAUACACCCGAAGGAACACCGCAAUCUUAUCUCCUCUCGGCGACCGGGAAGCGCAAGUGUUCUUCGCUGGAAGUAUUUGUUUCUAUUCAUUUUCUUUUCCGAUUAUCCAAACAGAAGCUAAGAAGAAGAAUCCGUCGGACGAAAUCUCACUGACCGGAGCGCCCAAUCCAAUGGCGAUUUCCGUGACGGCGUCCGCGAUUCCUUGUCUCAGCUCUGACCGUACGGCUCGCAUAGUUGCGGCGGCGGCAUCAUCCUCUUCUUCUUGUUCAAAGCUGUCCUCCUCGACUUCUCUGCGAUUUCCAUCACACCUUCGACACGUUCGGAUCGGAACACGGGACUCACGGCCUCGGAUUCUUCCUCCGGUUGAAGCAAAGAAGCAAACAUUUUCCUCCUUCGAAGAUUUGCUGGCUACCUCCGAAAAACCUGUGUUGGUUGACUUCUAUGCAACCUGGUGCGGUCCUUGUCAGUUUAUGGCACCUAUCCUCAAUGAAGUCAGCAUUACGCUGAAUGACAAGAUCCAGGUUGUGAAAAUUGACACGGAGAAGUAUCCUAGCAUUGCUGAUAAAUAUAGCAUACAAGCAUUGCCUACUUUCAUCAUAUUUAAGGAUGGAGAGCCAUUUGACCGCUUUGAGGGUGCUCUGACUGCUGAUCAGCUUGUCGAACGAAUAGAAACUACUUUGAAAGUUAGGAAGUAGCGGCUUCUCAGGUUGAACCGAAUCGAUUCAGCCGCAUCUGAGGGGAUAUGGAUGAAAUUUAUUAAUUGCCUUCGGGACAUUCAUUUCAUAUGUGAUGAAAUUUAUUCUAGGCUUGUUUAGUUUGGCACGGUUGGAGCUUGAAUUGGACAUUCAGUUACUGCUUGCUUUGAUACCAUGUCAAAAUUAGUGUCACUAAUUAACAAUGGCAUAUCAAAUAAAGGUCGUACCCAGUGCACAAGGCUCCCGCUUUACGCAGGGUUUGGGAGAGGUGAAUGUCGGCUAGCCUUACCCCCAUUUUAUGAAGAGGCUGCUCCCAAGUCUCGAACCCGAGACCUACCGUUCAUGGGCGAAGACACUUGCCAUCGCACCAAGUGCGACCUCUUUAACAAUGGCAUAUCAAAUGAAGAAAUUAUUUCGGCAUGCCUCCUUUCAAUUUUGCAUUCUCCUGUUUACUUCACAAGCGCACGAGUCAAUUGUAGUAAAGAUGUGCAAUACGAAAUCAAAUUCACUGGGAUCGAUUGAAUCCUAUAAGUAUUAUUUUAA